AUGGACGAGUACAUAGCAGACUACGAAUACGCCCAAAGUAUCUCGUGCGUGGGAGAAAGUGCUUCAGUGUCCGCCAGGAUGGGCAGCCGCCGGCUAAUCACCAGCGCAUACGAAAACAUAUUUAUAUGGAAUAUAGACACUCUGUCCGUGGAAACACGGAUAUGCUACGCUGCAGGAAGCCCAGUGACGGCGGUGCACUGCUUCUCGGAGGAGGAGGCGCUGGUUCUCGUGGGGCAUGCAAACGGAACUGUUCGCUGCAUAGACGCAAGCGGCCAGGAGGUCUUUGGGUUUCGGGAGCACAUAAAGAGGGUGCUUGGCGCGACCGGAAACAGAGAAAUUGCCGUCGUAUACACGGCGUCGGCUUUUUCCGUGAUUGACGCGCGGACGGAGUCUGUCGUGUGCACGGUCGAGAUGGAGCUGGGCAUCUCCGCAGUGAAAGUUCUUGGGGAGGCAAUUUUUGUGGGGACUCCCAAGGGAAUAUUCCACAGGUACGCGACAGAGGAAAUCCUCAACGGAGUGGCCGAGGCGGUGGUGGUUUCUCUUCCGGGGAACAACAUUUUGGACUUUUUGGAGGGCGCAGGGUCCGUGUAUGCCGUGCUUCCGGAGUCUCUUGUGAACGUGGAGACGAAAGAAGAGGUGAAGCUGCAGCACAGGGCGUCUUUUGUCAGCGUGUGCGGGGACAGGCUUUUCACGCGAGACACGAAGAACAAGUACAGAUGGCUGCAGCUCACGGGGGAAGGCCUGCAGGAGAAGGGCGUCAUGAAAAACAGGCGCCCGCUUGCAUCCCUGCAGAUGUUCGGGGAUAAGGCAGUGACUGUCUUUGCGGAUAAUGGGAUAGGCGUGCACCGGGGAAGCGACCAUUCGACGACGGUUGAGGGGGGAAGAGAAAACUUGAUUGCGCUUCUUGAGACCUCCCAGGGAAUUGUCGGAAUGUCGGAGAACGAGGGAAAGCUGUUUGCGUCUGUUCUGGGGAAGGACAAGCUGCAGGCCCUCGAUAUAUCGCAGGUGCUUUUCGAAGAGACGGGAAUGUCGUGCGCAGCCGUGCACAAAGACACGCUAUACAUAGGAAAGAAGGACGGGACUCUUUGCAUGCGCACGGCAGACGGGGGCGAGCUCCACAGAAUAAAAGUCUCCAGCGAGGCAAUAUCCUCCGUAGAGGUUCUGGAAAAUGUGAUCGCCGUUGGAGCAGGAAAUACCGUUGUGCUUCUGGAGGGGAACUACAUGGCGCACGAAAGGGACGAGAUAGAGUACGAGGACGCAGUGCUUUGCGUGAGAAUGUCCCCGGAUGGGGCGCUGAUCUUUGCCUCGUUGGCGGAUAACACCGUGAAGGUGCACAAGGUCGACGGCACAAAAGUUCUCUCGCUUUACGGGCACUCCGUUCCGGCAGUGGACAUGAAAGCGUGCAUGGAAAAGGGCGUUUUGUACACUUUGGGCGGGGACAAGCUUGUGAAGGUCUGGGGGCUGCAGCACGGAGAGUGCAGGAAAACCCUAAACCCAGGGGACCCCUCGGGGAUGCGCCUGCUUGGAAACCUGCUUGUGGUCUCAACCGGAUACGGCCUCAUAUACUACCUGAAAGAGACCUUCGAGAAGGUCAAGAAAGUCGAGUACAAAACAGGAAAGGAAAGAGCCGUCCCAGGGGAAAGGCGCAUUGCCGUGGUCGACUGCCAUCUAGCCGUCAUCAGAGAGAGGGCAGUCUCCUUGUUUUUGGAGGGAGAGUUUGGAACCUCCCCGGAGGAGCAGAGAAUCCGCGAAGAAAACCAGGCAGAAACAGAUGAAAUCGCCCGUGAGAAAAAGAUAUACAGGAUCACCGUGGUGGAGGAGAUGGAGGCCGCGCUCGAGGAGAACGACCCGCACAAAAUAUGCGCUGCGCUUGGGAAAAUGACAAGGGACGACAUCGAGAAAACGGUCGAUAUAAUGAACGCGGAGAUGCAGGAGAAAGUCCUGAAUGCGCUCCAGGAAGUCCCCAUGCUGGACCAGCCGCUCAUCCGUAUGUGGACGCUGAAGCACCUCCUCAAAAGACAUCCGUGCAGUGAAAGAAUCGCCGCCUCAAUAGAAGAAACGCGCCCUGUUCUAAGACAGCACGCAAGAAUGGCAAUGGCCAACAGAGCAGGCAUCCUGUGGAGCCUGGAAGAAUAA